AUGGAAAAGAAGACUCAAAAGCAACGCUUCCCUUCUUUUGCAACCACAAUCUCUGCAUUAGGUAUUAUUUUGUACUGCAUUGGCUUUUUAAGAGUUGAAAUAGAGUUGAACAAUCAGAAGGAGAGAUUAUUCGCGCUUGAAAACGUCGCGGAGCGGACAAAACCACCAUUCAGCGAUCAACGUAUCGUCAAGAUCAUCAAGGAUGUUCGCGGUAUGUACUUUAAUUUUUGAUUUGACUCAGCUUAGAAAAAAAUAGUUUUCUUCUCGCAAAGAACAUAACAUAUAUACUGUAAGUAUGGCUCAGCCUGACUUUUGAUUAACCCCUUUAACAUCCAUAGUCUAUUAACGCUUCCCCCCCCGGGGGGGGUGGGUACUCGAUAUAUCCUUGGGUGGGGAGGUGCGACCCUGCCCCUCAUACCCUGACCUUGUUUAAGACAAAAAUCGAUGAUUUUCCUAACAGAAUUUCGAUUUUUGAUACCCUGUUUAAGAAAUUCGUAGAACAUACGCGCAGGCUGUUUAUCGUCCAAGAAAAAAUACCGUGUUUAAGACAAAAAUUGAUAAAAUCGAUACCCUGAUUAAGACAAAAAAAUAAUGAAAUCGACACCCUGUUUAAGAUAAAAAAUCCCGAAAAACAUACCCUGGCUGGCCGCACGUCCCCAUUAAGCCCCUAUAGGGGAGUGCACCCCGCCCCCGGGCUCAUACCCCUCUACAAUUGCCAAGAUUUUAACUGUUCCGCCCUAAUGACCAAUCAAGCAUGGAUUAUUUGCCUUACAUAGAAAAUUACAUUAACAGUAGCUACUGCUAAUGAAAUAAGAUGCAUAAAUUGAAUUCUUCGUUAAAAAUACAGUGGUUGAUUGGCUUACAUAUCAAUGCAUACAUCAGCAUCGGGUGACUUCUGCUUUGGCUCUGGCACCGGAUGUUCAAAAGUUGGAGAACGAUAUCCACUGUAUACAUCACUAUCAGGUGGAUAACGCCAUUGGUUUCCCUAAUACUUAUCUGCCAGAUAGUGAUUUAUCCGGUGGAUAGCGCUAUGUAGCCUUUGGACAACCAGGUACUGGUCUAUAAAGCAGAUUUAUUGCAAAUUUUGCACUUAUAAUAUUUUAUUAUAUACACCCCGCUAUAAUUGAUUGCGAAAUGCAUUAUAUCUUGAGCCAGGGAAAGGAAUAACAAACAAAUCGUGAAAUUAGUAUGUAACAUAGAACUAACAGAAGAUUUAACGACUUCCUAAUGAUUCUCAAUUUGUGACCCUUCCCGGAAAUUAUAUGCUAAUUUUGAACUAUCAAAGCUUAUUUACGUUUCGGCUGGCACUAAUAGACCUAUUUAUAUAUAUCGAAAUCCCUACUUGGCUCCGAGGCUUAGGGGAAUAAAACAAAAGAAAACAUCUUGAGGCUCAGCAAUGAAUAAUGCAUUUCUUUCGUUUUAUUUCCUCAAGCCUCGUAGCCAAGUAUGAAUUUUAAUAUAUCGAAAUUUGUCUAUUAACAAUAUAAUUCAUUAAUUUUCUCAGCGAAAUCUUACGAUUCUGAACAACAUAGAAGCAAGCGCCAAGUAGUUGCAACCAACACGACGAGCAAAGCUAAAACACCAGAGGACACCUUAAAAGAACUAAACAAACUGUUAUCAGCGGGGACACUGCGCCUUUGCAACUCAAAAGGUGACUCUUGUCAGUCAGGUCCCCCAGGCCCUCCCGGUCCACCUGGACCGAGAGGAGAGAAAGGAGAGCAAGGGCGAACAGGAGAAAGGGGGACACCAGGAAACAAAGGAGACAAAGGCCUUGUGGGAUUACCAGGGGAAAGCGGCAAGCAAGGUAUAAUGGGAACUGUAGGACCAAAAGACGACCCUGGACUUAAAGGGCGAAAAGGAGACAUGGGACCCGCUGGCGUGCCGGGACCCAAAGGAGAACCCGGUGAAUCGAUUACAGCUCCAGUUGUUGCAGUCUCUCCUGCAAAGUUGAUAGUAAACAAAAGUGGAACAGCUUCAUUUCAAUGUUCAGUGAGCGGUAAUCCUGAGCCUACAGUAGCGUGGAGUAAAAUGGACAAUCAGUCGCAACUACUUCACUCCAUGGGUUCAAGAGGACAGUUGCUUUUAUCAAAAGUAACAGGAAGUAACACUGGAACGUAUUUUUGUUCAGCAGCAAACAUUUUAGGGAAGGCGCAGGCACAAGUGCAGCUUGUAGUAAAUGGUAUGACUGUGUACUAUUAAAUUCAAUAUUUGGUUUUGUUGCAUUCACAUUAAACGAGCAAAAGAUCGAUUCUUGGAGGCUUCAGUAUGAGGUUUUUCAAAGUAUGUCGGGGCAGGAUCCUAGCCCUCGAAUGUUACCAUAAUUUGUCUUGGUUGGUGGGUCAAAAAUGAAUUGUUAUUUAUUCAUUAUUUAGUUUUUUAUUUAUUGUUGCUUAUUUUUUUAAAGUACUAGAACAAGCCAAGCCCAUUCUUUUCUUAUGAACUACGCUGAUAAAAGUUCCAUCUCAUUUAAAAUGCCCAACUAAUGCUUUUCUGCACACUAAAUAAGGGUCAGAGCAUACUUUAACGACUUACACUGUAUUAGCUAGCCAGUAAUUGUUAUUUAUUUAUUGUGGUUUUUACCUGCUGUUGUUACUCAUCGUCUCAAUGUUAGGAUUCAUGACCAUAAACAUUGGAGAGCUUUUGCAGCUACAUUUUGUUUAUGAUUUUUUUUUUUUACCUUUUUCUUUUUCUUUUUUUUUUCGAAGAGAUUACAAUUUUUCUCAGUCAUUUUAACAGGAUCACUGUUUGAUCCUUUUUGUUGUUGUUUCAGUUCACCCUCGAAUGUUCCUUCAUCCGGGACCUCAUUACACCGUUGAAGGUAAGAACGUCAGCCUUCCAAUCUGCCACGUGAUUGGUUACCCUCAGCCUGUGGUAACCUGGAGUAAGUUGCAUGUCUGGCCAGUUACCCCAGGUUAG